UUUCAUGUUUUCCUCACGCCUGCGUGGGUUUUCUCCAUGCACUCCGGUUUCCUCCCACUUCCCAAAAACAUGCAACAUUAAUUGGACACUAAAUUGCCCCUUCGGUGUGAUUGUGACCGCGACUGGUUGUUCCUGUGUGCCCUGCGUUUGGCUGGCGACCAGUUAAGGGUGUGGCCUGCCUCCUGCCUGACAGCUGGGACUGGGCUCCGGCACUCCCGCGUCCCUUGUGAGGAUAAGCAGCUAAGAAAAUGGAUGGAUAUUUUGUCCAAUUUUACUCUAGUGUAUAUAUGAGUUCCAAAAAGUUAUCCACGUAUUGUGACUUACCAAAGGACUUGGUUGGACUUCAGUGGAGCUAAGGACCCGGUUUGUACGAGAUUAGCGUGUGUCACCUGACGCCAUCUUUGCCAAUAAGUGAGCCAGCACGCUGAAAUGACAUACGUUUAUUUUAUUUUAUUUGGUGUUUUUAUUCACUUUCAUUGCUAUGUCAGUGUUGUAUGCGUGAAGAUGCCAUUUUGUUUGGAAAAGUAAAAUUUUGCACUUAGUAUGGAAAAAGUGAUUAACUUGUAAAAAGUUUGUGUGGGGAGCGGGCGCGGAUGAAUUAAAAAUUCAAGUAUUGUCACGUACUGGCCGACAGCAACGCGUCUUCUCGAGCCGAGAGGGCGGAGUUGUUGAUGUUCCCUAUGCAGGCUAAACUGUCAUCUGUCAGCGCUCUUCUUUGCGAUGCCACGGAGGACCUCGAAGCCACAAACAUGCCAGGCUAGAAAGCUGAUGGAAUAGCUCCAUGUCUACACAACUUGGGACAUCAUGUCUCUCCUGCUCAUUUCCUUCCUCACAGCACUGCUUCUUGCCAUUGUGUUGUCCUGCAUCAUAUUCCGAUGCCUGGUCAACACAGUGGCCGUGCGGCUCUUUCAGACAGCAUUGAAUGCAGACUUGAAAAUCAAAUCCGUGGGAUUGUUCUCCAUUCGAGGAGUUACUAUCAAGUUUCACCCACAUCACACCGUGGAAAGCGACCGAAUAUGGAUUUCAAGUAAACUUUUGAAUCAGGAUUUACCGAGAUACCUGGCAUUGUGCGUCGGCGAGACGAGAGUUCGUUUCGACCUGCAAGCGCCUCUCAGACCACUGACAAAAACGAUUAGCCAUGGGGACAAAACGGGGAAGAGGUCCAUCAGUGCCACAACACUUCGCUUCCUGUCACAACUGCUGUCGUUCCACGUCAGCUCGGUCAACGUGAUGGUCCUAAACAUGGCGCUGUCCGAGUCGCUUUGGCACAUGACCGUCACGUGCAUCACGUUGCUGCUGGACCACCACAGUAAAAGGCUGGCGUGGGACUUUUCGGUGGGGCAGUUAAGGAGCAAAGUUCUGAAAAGCAGCCAGCUGGACAUUUGUCUGGCUGAGGUGGCGUGCGGCUUGCUGCUGUCGGGCGACGUCAGCCUCCCCGAGAUGAGGCCCGGUUCGCUGUCGCUGCGCGUCAGGACGCUGCUGGCCGAGCUCCACGAAGGCCUCUUCGUCAGUCCGCUCCUGGUGACGCCGAGCGCCGCUCAAGAACCGUCUGGUGAGCAAAUGCAAGAGUGUUUGGACACGGAAUUUAUCCAAACGGAAGCCAUCGAGCAAUUCCACCGCUACAUCCCGCACAAGGCCAACGUGGAAUUAGACAACACAAAUAUCACCCUGUCCUUGCACAGCCAGAAAAGACACCUCAACUGGACACUGAAGUCUUUAAGGCUUUGCUACGCGCGUGACAGCGAGCAACUUCCUCUCAAGAGCUUCACUCCCGAGCUGAGCUUUCCACAAAGCAGCCUGGAGCUCUUUCUGGAGGAUGGACUUCUUCUCUCACAAAGCAGGCAAAGAAUCUUCUGUGUAAACACGCUGAAGACGGCCCUGCAGGUCACAUCCAUGGAUAUUUCCGGCUCCUUUGCCGUCAACACUUGCAUCGUUCACUACCGUCACCAGGAGUUCUCCCACUGGCUCGGUCUGCUACCGUGGCGACAGCUCAUGCGCAGGCCGGCGUCACGUCGAAAAAGGGCCUUGCCCCACCUGGACGCCCCCGUGAUGAUGUCGACAUCCAUGUCCAACUUCAACGUGUCGGUGCAGCUGGGCGACGCCACGCCCUUCACCCUCGGCUUCCUGUCUGCCAUUGCAGAGCUCCAGCAUCUUCCGGACAUGAAGGUCGACCAAGAUGGGCCGGAGUCCCUCAACGUCCACCGGCGGGCCUCGCUAAAUCUGGACAAUUUCUGGUGGAGAGUGGGCCAGGGCUCUCAUAUCCAACAAGCCCCUCAUCCUCCCGGCAAACACGUGUGGGGUGAAGCACUCAUUCUGGACUCCCUCGGUCUUCAGGGGAGCUGGAAUCGAGGCAGCAGCGACUUGAACGGCAGCCCUCCGUCUCUAAGUGUGGAGUCCAGCCUGAAGGGACUCCAAGUGGAGCUGUCUGAGACCUGCGCGCUGUGUUUGUCUCGUUUGCUGUCUUUUGUCUACGCUGCGGAUAAAGAGAGGCUUUCAGAUGAGCCCUCGCUGGCUCCCCGUAGUGCCUGUACCACCUCCUCCUCCUCCUCGCCUCUGCUUUUCAAAUUGGACUUCCAUUUGGAGGAUGUUAAUUUUUUCACAGUCUCUAAUUUAGCAGGAGCUCUGUCCCUGCGAAUGGAUACGGUCAGAGUGAUGAGCUCAGCUGAGAGCUCCCGGGUGUCUCUGCAGGGUGUUGGCUUCUCCGCCGUCAAGAUGCUCACAGAGAACAUGGAGAUGUGCUGUCCCGCCGCUCAGAUCGACAAACCCGUUGUCGGGCUCACUACCGUGGCGCUCUGCUACCACCUGAGCACCCGCACGCUGCAGGUUCAGUGUGAAGAAGACCUGGCCGUCGUAUGGAAGCCUCUGGACCACAUGUUCCUGUACCAGCAUGUGACGGAAGCACUGGAAUGGCGGCAUCUGCUCUGCGGCAAAAAACGAGACACGUACGAAGGCGACCAAAGAGGACUGAGCGUGGUGCUGGAGCUCGGCGGGGCUCGUGUGACGGCCCACGUGGGGGAGCGCAACUACAUUCUCCUCCGCAUCGAAGCGCUGUCCCUCUCCAAGCAUGCCGGUUCAUUGCACGUGCGCUCGCCUGGCCUGGUGGUCAACUUCGACGGCCACGAUAUCGUCUCCGUUAAGGGCUUGAACGCGGAGUCGCACUGUGAGCUGCCAGAGAUGCAGCUGCACAGGAAUAGCUUUCCCUCCCUCGCCACGCCUCACAAUCGUGUGUGGCUUUUCACCUGCCCACUGCUCUCCGUGGAGUUUCCUUACCAGUACAACUUCUCCGACACCUUUGACAAGGCCAUCAGCGUGCAGAAGUGGUUGAAGAGCCUGCACCGCCCGUCGGGCCCUCCUUCCUCUGCCGGGCAGCUUCCGCCGCCGGACCUCAUCUUCAAAAUCAAUCAGUUUUCCUUUGUUUUCCUGGACGAUAUCUUUGAAAUCAAACUGCGCGACAACUACGAGUUGAUGAAGGACGAGAGCAAGGAGAGCGCCAAGCGUCUGCAGCUCCUGGACAAGAAGCUGGCCGAUCUGCGCAAGCAGCACGGCGAGCUUCUGCCCGCCAGGAAGAUCGAGGAGCUCUACAGCUCGUUGGAAAAGAAACACAUCGAGAUCUACAUCCAGCGUUCGCGACGCCUCUACUCCAACACGCCCAUGAGGAAGUCGCUCUUGACGUGGACCGUUUCAGACCUGGAGCUGGUGGUCCUGGCCGACCAGUCAUUUCAUGGCCCGGAGAGGGUGCGAGAGCAGCUGAGGGACAUCGAUAGGAUCAGCCCCUUCCCCAGGGAGGGGCUCCCCUUGGUUGUCCAGUGGUGCCGCGCUGUCAAGUUCCAACUGGCUUCGUUUUUGGUGAGAAUACGGGACUACCCACGAUACCUGUUUGAAAUUCGUGACUGGUCGCUGUCAGGACGCCUCAUCGGGACGGAGCAGGACGGACAGGCCAGGGCUCAGCGCAAAGAAACGGUUCUACUUGGCCCACCGUGGGGAAACAUGACGGUGUACAGGAAUAUUCCACCUCUCAAGUUCUACUACGACUUUAAAUCCAAUAUUUGCCUCUACACGAUCGUCUGGGGACCGUGUUGGGACCCGGCCUGGACUCUGAUUGGCCAGUCGGUUGACCUGCUCACCAAAAUGACAGCAGACCCCUCGCCUCUGCUCACUUGGUGGGACAAAAGUCGCCUCUUGCUACACGGUCGCUGGGUCAUGGAUAUUGACCAGGCCAAUCUGCACCAGCUUGCCACGGAGGACCCUUACAACACCACAGAGAAUUUGCACUGGGAGUGGAGCAAGCUCAAUUUCAACUGGAACCCCGACCAGUUUGUAUUUCAAGGAGAUUUGAAUGUCAACGUCAGGACGGCAUCAAAGUAUGACGACAUCUGCUUCCUGCACCUGCCCAAUUUGUGCAUGACCCUUGACCUACAAUGGCUCUGCCACGGCAACCCUCACGAUCACCACGCCGUCACGCUCUGCUCUUCAGAGAACGUCGCAGAUUUGACCUCAGCACAGCCUCACGACUCCUACAGAGCGUUUCGCUCGGAGAAUCUAAACCUGUCCGUCACCAUGGACCUUAACCAGCACUGUGGCCUUGAAUCAUCCCAGCCGAGAAUCUUGCUGUACAGCAGCACUCUGCGCUGGAUGCAGAACUUCUGGGCCACGUGGACCAGCGUAUCUCGGCCCAUCUGCAGGGGAAAUCUCUUCCACAGCCUCAGGCCCGUGCGCAAGAAGCUGGGUCAACAUUACAAGCAGAUUUCCUACACGGCCGCCUUCCCGCAACUACAAGUGCACUAUUGGGCGUCAUUUGCACAGCAGAGAGGGAUCCAACUUGAGUGUAGCAAAGGCCACAUCUUCACCCGAGGGGCUCAAAGGCUGAUUCCGCAAGCCGGCACCGUGAUGAGAAGGCUCAUCUCCGAAUGGAACGUGACUCAAAUGGUGAGUGAGCUGUCGGAGGUGACCGUGCACCUGAUGGCCUCCACGUGGGACGAGACUGCCGAUCACCAGAUCAACGCUCAGGUCAACAAGACCCACCUGCUCAGCUUGUCCUCCCUGAGCUACCAGCGACAGAGCAACCGCGUGGAAGAGGAAGUGACCCCGAAGGACGAGACCAACGCCACAUACACUCACAAGCUGCGCCUGGUGGACCUGCGCGCCUCGUGGACCACCAUCAACAGGAAUAUAGCAUUCGCGCUCUAUGACGGUUACAAAAAGGCUUCAGUCCUUAAGCGAAACCUCUCCACCGAGGCGCUGAAAGGCCUGCGCAUAGACACGCAACUGCAGGCCAAGAAGCUCAAGCGCUCGCCUUCAUUCUACUCGCCCACCGCUGCGCCCCCCACACCGGUUGCAGCCACUCUCAGUCGAGCAGAGAAAAGUCCGCAUGAGGGAGCGUCGAUGCUGCAGAAGCUCAUUGAGGAAACGGACAAGUUUGUGGUGUUUUCCGAAGAGGAGUCGGGAGUCAGUGACCAGCUGUGUGGCAUCGCGGCCUGCCAGACGGAUGACGUCUACAACCGAAACUGGUUCAUUGAGUUGGUCAACUGCCAGAUGAUGCUCCGAGGGACCGAGACGGCCGGCUGCGUGCUGGUAGCUGCGGCCAAGGCCCAGCUGCUGCAGUGCGAGCACCACCCGGCCUGGUACAACGACACCCUCAAGCAGAAGACCACCUGGACUUGCCUGCUGGACGGCAUGCAGUACUUCGCCACCAUGGAGCCCAACCCGUCGGAGCAGGAGGAUCGGCAGCUGUGGCUGGAGGUGAAAAACAUUGAGGAGCACCGCCAGCGAAAUCUCGACUCUGUGCUGGAGCUGAUGGAGAGCGGCCAGGCCGUGGGUGGAAUGGUCAGCACCACCGCAGACUGGAACCAGCCAGCGCAGGUGAACGAGACCCAGCAGGUCCAGCGCAUCAUCUCCCGUUGCAGCUGCCGGAUGCACUACAUCAGCUACAGUCACGACAUCAACCCCGAGCUCGCCACACAGAUUAAACCGCCUGAGCUGAGGAACCACUGUGAGAAGGAAGACCUGCUGAAGAAACAGGCUGGCGCCGUGGACACGUUCACCCUCAUUCACCACGACCUGGAGAUAUCCACCAACCCUGUUCAGUACGCCAUGAUCCUGGACAUCGUCAAUAACCUCUUGCUCCACGUGGAGCCGAGACGCAAGGAGCACAGUGAGAAGAAACAGCGUGUGCGUUUCCAGCUGGAGAUUUCCAGCAACCCCGAAGAGCAGCGCAGCAGCAUUCUGCAUCUCCAGGAGGCCGUCAGGCAACACCUCGCGCAGAUAAGACGUGUGGAAAAGCAGAUUUACUCCAACAAUAGAACACAAUCCGAGGAGCUGAGCAUCGACGAGCUGAAUGACAUCAACACGCAGCUGCAAAAUCAGCUCAACCAAGAGAAAAAUGACAUGCAAAUGAAGAGCGAGGAGCUCAACAUCCUCAUCAGGUGCUUUAAGGACUUCCAGCUCCAGCGGGCCAACAAACUGGAGCUGCGUAAGCCUCCGGAGGACGUGAGCGUGGCGAGGAGGACCGAGAUCUACUUUGCUCAAGCGCGUUGGUGUCUGACUGAAGAGGACGGCCAGUUGGGCAUCGCCGAACUGGAGCUGCAGAGGUUCAUGUACAGCAAGCUGAACAAGUCCGACGAUACGGCCGAGCACCUGCUGGAGUUAGGCUGGUUCACCAUGAACAACUUGCUGCCUAACGCAGCCUACAAGGUUGUGCUCCGCCCUCAGAGCACAUGUCAGUCAGGAAGACAGUUUGCGCUGCGCCUUUUCAGCAAAGUGCGCCCCCCGGUGGGCGGCAUCUCUGUCAAGGAGCACUUUGAGGUGAACGUGGUCCCUCUCACCAUCCAGCUCAUGUACCACUUCUUCAAGAGGAUGAUGGGGUUCUUCUUCCCGGGGAGGAACGUGGAGGAGGAGGAGGUGACCGACGAGGAGGACAAGUUCCGACUGGUCACCACCGGUAUCCCAGUGAAGAGCCGUCAGUCCUCUGAGGACAGCGUGGGCGCCGUGGCCCCCAGUAAAGGCCUCGCCCAGGGGAUGAAUCGCAGCGCCGGCGUCAGGAGGUCCUUCAGGAAACCUCUGGAGCAUCCCGUCGACGACAUUGACAAGAUGAAGGAGCGAGCGGCCAUGAACAACUCCUUCAUCUAUAUCAAGAUUCCACAAGUGCCGCUCUGUGUCAGCUAUAAGGGAGAGAAGAGCAGCGUGGACUGGAAGGACCUGAACCUGGUUCUACCGUGCCUGGAGUACCACAACAACACCUGGACGUGGUUGGACUUCGCCAUGGCUGUGAAGAGAGACAGCCGCAAGGCUCUGGUCGCGCAGAUGAUCAAGGAGAAGCUGCGCCUCAAGCCGGCCGGCGCCGGCUCCGACCCGCGGGGGAAGACGUCGGACGGCAAGGCCGACUCGGGCCUGCAGCAGCAGCAGGAGGAGGACGAAAAGGCUCGCCUGCUCAUCGGCCUCAGCGCCGCCGACAAGAACUCGGGCAAGAAGAGCAUCUUCAGCCGACGCAAGUGAGCCGAGCCGAGCCGCCGUCGCCGGGACCAAACCAAUUUAAAAAAAAAAAAAAAAAGGGACUUUUUUUUUGGUUUUGUUUUUUUUUAAAUCUUCGUGUAUCACGUUGUCCUGCUGAACUUCACAUUGAAGUGGGCAAAAGGCAAAGCCCUCCGGUGCCUGUUGAUCAUGAAUAUGACCAAACGCUAAUCAAGCGUCAUCCUCGCAUUUCAACCGUUGAGCACAACUCGCCGGCGAUUUCCUGCUGGCUCAGGAACGCGCGGGACAAGCUCGCAUGUCGUCGUGGUCUGCUGCUGUAACAAUUCCGUGAAUACGCACGCAAAAAUGAUGUGGCUGUUUUAUAUCGAGAUGUGCAUCUCAAUAAAUGACAAGAGUUGAUUCCCCAA